AUGGGCCUUUUCUACACAGGUAGUCAUAGACGUAACCCCUUCCUGCUGCCUGGGGUUCGGCUGGGCUACCGUAUCCUGGACAGCUGUAGUCAGCACCCCUGGAGCCUGCGAGGGGCACUGUCCCUGGUGUCAGGGGGGAACAUCAGAUCACGGCCAUCUAGUGACUGCCCUGUUUCUCGGGUCAUUGGUGAUGCAUCGUCCACUCAGACCAUCAUCCUGGCCAGGACCCUGGGGCCUCUCUCUGUGCCUGUGAUCAGUUACCAGGCCAGCUGUGGCUGUCUCAGUGACAGACAUGAGUUCCCUAACUUCUUCAGGACCAUCCCCAGUGAUGUCUACCAGGCCCUCACCAUGGCCUGGCUCACCUGGCUCUUGGGAUGGACCUGGGUCGGGGCUAUUGCUGUAGACAAUGACUACGGUCGUCUGGCCAUACAGGUGUUUGAGGAAGAGAUUCGGGGGACGGGGGUGUGCCUGGCGUUCUUUGAGACCCUCAACCGGGCGAACCUGGUGAGUGAUGUGGAGCGAGCAGCAGACACGGUCCAGGCCUCGACAGCACGGGUCAUCCUAGUCUUCCUCUGGUACACUGACAUGGGGGCGUUACUCCUGGUGCUGGGGAGGAGAAACGUGACGGACAGGCAGUUUCUGGCCAGUGAGGCAUGGAGCACCAGCGGACAGCUCCUGAGAAACCCCGCCCUCUUUAAAGUCGCUCAGGGCGUCGUGGGUGUGGCUAUCCGCAGUGCACCUAUUCCUGGCUUUGAGGCCCACCUUCGAAGUCUCAACCCCUCUCGUCGUCCCGGAGAUGUCCUGUUGAAGGAACUCUGGGAAACGGUGUUUGGGUGUAGCCCUGUAGUACGCUGGAAAAUCGUGCACGGACGAGUUUUGACUCGUUUUACUAAAGACCUGACCUCUGAAUUGAGUUCCCCUCAUCCACGCCUGGCCUCCUGCAGUGGGGCAGAGACUCUGGAGGGGAUACAGAGCCCCUUCACAGACACCUCCCAGCUGAGAAUAACCUAUAACGUGUACCUGGCUGUGUAUGCUGCAGCCCACGCCCUCCACAGCCUGCUGUCCUGCCCCCAGAGAGACAGCCCUACCUGGGGCAGCAGCUUCACCUGCUCCCUUCCUUACAACAUCAGCCCAGCGGAGCUGUUGCAGCACCUGGACCAAGUUAACUUCACCACUCCACUUGGGGAGCCGUUCUACUUCCGGGGCGCGGACGUCCCUGCUGUGUACGACCUUGUAUACUGGCAGGCCACGCCCCAGGGGUUGCUCAAACUAGUCACAAUUGGCCGUGUAGACGGGUCCAAUCUCCUCAUCAACCAAUCAGCCAUCCAGUGGAACACAGGAUCUAGUACGGUGCCUGUGUCAGUGUGCAGUGACAGCUGUCCCCCAGGCACCCGUGUAGCCAGGAGGAAGGGGGAGCCUGUCUGCUGCUUCGACUGCAUCUCCUGUUCUGAGGGAGAGGUCAGCAACACCACAGGCUCUAUGCAAUGUGAGCACUGUCCUCUGGAGUUCUGGUCCAACAGCCAUCGGACCGCCUGCGUCCUUCGUCAGCUCGAGUUCCUCUCCUUCAACGACGUCAUGGGCGUCACCCUGACCACUGUUGCCGUGUGCGGCGCUGUGGCAACAGUGAUCAUUUGUGCAGUGUGGCUGUCCGUGAGCCCUCCCCUGCCUUACCGUGACCUAGGCGUCAAGGGGUCAAAAGUUAUCCUCGAGUGUGAGGUUGGCUCUGUGGUCAGUUUCUCUCUGGUGCUGGGCUACAUCGGCCUGCUGGCCUCCCUCUGUCUCCUCUUAGCCUUCCUGGCCAAGAAACUCCCAGACAACUUCAACGAGGACAAGCUCAUCAACUUCAGCAUGCUGAUCUUCUGUGGUGUGUGGAUUUCAUUCGUCCCUGACUACGUCAGCUCUCCUGGUAGAUACUUAGACGCUGUGGCGAUAUUCGACAUCUUAGCUUCCAGCUUUGGGUUACUGCUCUGCAACUUCGCUCCGAAGUGUUACAUCAUCUUCCUGAGACCAGAGAGACACCAAGAAACACAUGAUGUCCAAAUAGGAACCACCAAGAAACACAUGAUGUCCAAAUAG